AUGAACAAAAUCGUUAUUAAGAAAAAAGAAGAUAUGAAUUAAAAGGUGUUUUAAUAAUUAAAUGAUCAAGUUCCUACUUAGUAUAAGAAUUAAUUGUAUAUUUUUUAAAUAGUUAUAAGGUUGUGUUAAAUUGACCCUCAGGGUAGCUAAAGAGACAAUAAUUAUUAGAAAAGUGAAAAGUAGCAUAUAAUUUAAUUUUUCAAAGGGACUUUCAGAUUAUUGAAUAAUGCUUAGGUUCUGGUGCUUAUGGAUCUGUUUAACUAGUGAGAGAUGUUAAUAGUCGUAUUUAUUAUGCACGAAAGGCGGUAAUACUUGAUGAAAUAUGUCAGAUUAGUAAAUCCAAAUUAAAAGCCCAGGAAUCUAUAGAAAACUUAAAAAGAGAAAUAUCAAUUUAAAAGAAACUUUGUCAUCCGAAUAUUCUAAAAUUAUGUUAUUGUUAUGAAGACUAGCUUAGGUACUGUUAUGUAUCUAAAAAUAAUUAGUGUAUUGUUAAUCUUAGAAUAUGCAGAACUGGGAUCACUUUUUUCAUUGAUUAAGCGUAAAUCAAGAUUAUAAGAGAGAGAAGCUUAUUAAUACUUUUCAUAAUUGUUAUCUGGUUUGGAAUAUAUGCAUAAGAUGAAUAUUGUACACAGAGAUAUAAAAGUACAAAUAGAAUAUAAAUAUAGCCUGAAAACUUACUAAUAACCAAAUCAGGAGAGUUAAAAAUAGGGGAUUUUGGUUGGGCUACCUAAAUGCCAAAUUAUCAUAAGGCUUUCUGUGGUACAAUUGAAUAUAUGUCACCUGAGAUGAUUUAAUCUUAGAUAACUGAUUAUAAAACAGAUAUAUGGAGUUUAGGGGUGUUAUUGUAUGAAAUGGUUUAAGGAAAAACACCAUUUUAAGGGAUGACAUUUUUAGAAAAGAGUUAAAAAAUAUUAUCUAGAAAAGAAGUUGAAUUUGAAAUUGAUGUUUCUGAUGAAUGUAAGUCUUUAAUCAAAAGUUUACUAUAACAUAGUAUUCAUUGUAGGCCUUCUAUUGAUAAGAUUAAAAAUCAUUAAUGGAUUUUAUCCUAAGGAUAAGAUAGAAAAGGUUCAAUAAGAAGUUCUUCUAUGAUUUCUAUUAAAUCAACACAUUACACAUCUGAAGUUCUUGAAAGCUAAUCCAAAAUUUAUAAUCCUUAAUUUGGUCAAAAAUCAUCAAUCUAAGAGUGGGAAGCUAUGAAAUUUAGAAGUUUAUAAUUUUAGUUUUAACGCCAAUAAGAUCAAUAGCAACCAUAAAAUAAUUACUAAAAUAAAGGAUUCUUAACUAAAGCUUUAAUUGCUUUAGGAUGUAUUAAUCGUUGA